CGGGGCCCUGCGCCACCCGGCUCCGGGGGAGCCCUCGCGCUUUCCCUGGGAGGUUCACGUUUUUAUCAGUGACAAGAUGACAACUCGUAUUUUUACCAAAGGAUCCAGUGACUCAUCCUAUUAACCUGCUGGAAUACGUGCUUGCCAAUUGUCCUGCCACGUUAGCCAACUGAUAUCACAAUGACUGAGGACUUAGACCACAGAUUCAGUAGUCUCACCUGGGAUCAGAUUAAAAUCUUGGAUCAAGUCUUAGCAGAGGUAAUACCUAUUCACGGGAGAGGGAAUUUUCCAACGCUGGAAGUAAAACCCAAGGAUAUAAUUCAUGUGGUGCAAGAACAGCUCAUCGAAAAGCAAAUCACUGUUCGAGAUAUCCGCCUGAAUGGUUCAACAGCUAGCCACAUCCUAGUGAAGCAGAAUGGAACUAGUUAUAAGGACCUAGAUAUCAUUUUUGGGGUGGAACUUCCAAGUGAGCUCGAGUUCCAGGUUGUUAAGGAAGCAGUUCUUAAUUGCCUAUUGGACUUUUUGCCGAAGUGUGUUAAUAAGGAAAAAAUCACUGCCCAGACCAUGAAAGAUGCCUAUGUGCAGAAAAUGGUCAAGGUCUCUACCGACCACGAUCGCUGGAGUCUCAUCUCGCUGUCAAACAACAGCGGCAAGAAUGUGGAGUUAAAGUUCGUCAACUCGCUCAGGCGGCAGUUCGAGUUCAGUGUGGACUCCUUCCAAAUCAUACUGGACUCCAUACUAAAUGUUUACAGAGAAACAGACUGCAAACUAGCAGAGGACUCUCACCCCACUGUUAUUGCAGAGAGUAUGUAUGGAGACUUCAAGGAAGCAAUGGACCAUUUAAAGUACAAACUGAUCUCCACGAGGAACCCUGAGGAGAUCAGAGGAGGCGGCCUUCUGAAGUACAGCAAUCUCCUGGUUCGUGACUUCAAACCAGCAGAUGAGGCUGAAAUUAAAUCUCUGGAACGUUACAUGUGCUCCAGAUUCUUCAUUGAUUUUCCAGAUGUUGCUGAGCAGCAAAGGAAAAUUGAGUCAUAUCUGCGCAACCACUUCAUUGGGGAAGAAAAAAGCAAGUAUGACUACUUGAUGACUCUGCGUGGAGUUGUAAAUGAGAGCACAGUCUGUCUCAUGGGACACGAACGAAGACAAACUCUGAAUAUGAUUACAAUUCUGGCUCUGAAAGUGCUUGGAGAACAAAAUAUCAUCCCAAAUGCAGCUAAUGUAACAUGCUAUUAUCAGCCUGCUCCAUAUAUCAGUGACAGAAACUUCAGCAAUUACUACAUUGCUCAUGGACAACCGCCUAUCAUCUACCAGCCAUACCCAUUUCACAUACAAAUGCAAAGCGGCAUGGUUUAGGAACACGGUAACCUCCUCAGCACUUAGACCCCUCUCUCUUUCCAGUUCUCUCCGUAAUAAAUGCCUCAUUAAACCAAGUUUUAUCAUCACUUUUGAUUUUAGGACAUAUUUUUGUGCAAGUUGCCAAAGUUGGUUGGUCAAUGUCUCAAACACCUUUAAGCAGAUCAUAAAAUGAGUAAAAUGGUUAUUGUUAUUCAUGAUGUAUUUAUACCCCCAUGUGUACUUGGGCUGUACUUUUCUUUUGGAUGAAAAGAGAAGGAUAUAAAUUAUUCUAAUUGUAUAAGACAAAAUGCACUAAGGUCUGGGUUCUAAUAAAUUCUUAAGCAAAAUUUAACUAGUGGAAAUGAAAAAUUAAGCCUUCUACUGAAAUGCCUCUCAGUAGAAAUGCCUAAUUCUAGAAAUGCUACUGUUCUGGGCACAUUAAACUAAAGCAUCCACCAGUUACACCCACGCGGUUCCAACAACAUUUAUUUGCAGCACCUUUUGAAAAUACAUGUUGAUGGUCUGCCUCUCGGUGGACUGUGCGCCUCUUUGUAGGCUCACGUCUGAUCACUCUCGACUCCCAUCAGAAACAUGAGGUCCCUCCCCUCACCAGAGUGCUUGUCAGUAGGGGUUAGCAGGAAACAUCUCUACCAAGAGCAGAAUCAGCCUUUUUGUGAAUCCAAAAUUUCUGCUGACCUGAGUGAGAGAUUUGGCCGCUUACAUAGUGCAGUGUUGAACCCCAGGAUCUGACUCACAGAUAAUGAAAAAGAUACAACUAUUCUGAUUAUAGUAGUCGUGAGCAACAAGGUAAUAGAACGAGAGAGAAGGUGAAAAUUGAGCACAUAGGGCUUGCUUUUUAUUGCUAAUUUAUUAUUGAUCAGAGAUACUUCAAUGUAUAACAAAAGGAAAAAAAAAAAAGGCCAGGACCAUGUUGAUUUUAAGCGAAUUAAAA